ACCGGUACCUGCAGAAUCUCCUCAGCUUCACCUGAACGCUUCAUGACCUGCAGGAGAGAAACUCAGAUUCCUCAUCGUCCUCUGAAGAUUCCAGGAAGCAGCGGUGAAGAUGCGUCUCCAGAUGCUAAUGGUCGUCCUGCUAGCAGCUGCAACCGGCGCCGUCGACGUCAGCUGGUUGACCAAGGUUUCCAAAACCGUGAUUGACAAGUUGCAAAUCAAAAGACAGACGUGUGUAGCUGCCAACGUUCCACAGAAAGAGGACCAGGCAAGCCUUAUGGAGCUCUUGAGCAACGACUUUGUAGAGAAGGCUUUAAAACAUAUCAAGAAAAAAACUAUCUACGGAGUGGAUGAUAUUGUUGUAUCUUUAGCACGUGCAGUUCAUGCAGAAGUUCGUGUUAUGACAAAAAUAGAAGAUUCACUGAAAGAUGAGAAGAAAGACGGAGACUUCCUGUUCAUCUAUUCGUUCUACUCCCCCUGCAAGAAAUGUACUACCAAGGGUGGACUAAAUAACAUUGUUGAUUCUCUAGAAAAACACGCUAAAGACUGGGGUGAGGCUGUCUUUGUGUUUAGCAACGUCUAUGAGAAGCCCAACAAUGGUGAACCGUUCACCAGAGAAGUUUUGGUACAGGCUCUUAAAUCUCUUGGAGACUCCAUGGGGGGUCUGAAGAACGUUUACCGCUGCUACCAGCAGCAGCAAACGUUCGGAUGCCACGUCUGCUCCUCGGUGAACGGACCUGCAGAGGUUUGUCUGGACCAGAACUACGUGGGCCGGAGCCAGAGCCUGGACCACGGAGAUGCUGGGAAAAAGAAGAGUGGCAGUGGGAGGAGCAAGAGCGCUGGGAGGGCCUAGAGCAGUGGGAGGAGCCAGAGUAGUGGGAGGAGUCAGAGCAGUGGGAGGAGCCAGAGCAGUGGGACGCUUAUAUUCCGCUGGGCUGGUUUUCCAAACAAAGUUUCAAGAUGGCAGCACGCAGUAAACGGUGGUCAAGAGCAGAGAACAUUUAUUUAAUAAAUAGUUUGGAGGACCUGGAAAUAAUUAAAAUAACAGAUGGAAACAGGAAACAUCAAAAUGGUGAGCUUUUCAAAGUUGUAGCGGCUAAGUUAGUUUUUCCCAACCCCCAGACCUGGAGAGGAAUUGGAGAAAGACCAUCAAACGUGUUUCCAUGGAAACCUCAAUUCACAAUUACUAUUUCCAUGUAAACUCCAAGGAAAAUAGUUGAAUUUGGAAUUACUGUAUUGGCCUGAAUAUAAGACGGUGUUUUCUGCAUUGAAAUAAGACUGUAAAAGUGGGCGUCGUCUUACAUUCGGAGUCUAGACGUUAUACCCAUUUACACCGCUAGGAUAUCUUUAAAGCGAAUGCUGAACUUAACUCCCCAGGCCAAAGCCAACCUGUCACAAAGAAGAAAAAUAAAAAAUAGCGUUAAGAAAGAAAAGGGAAGAAAAUAAGAGAAGAGAUAACAGAAAGUGGAGAAACGUAGCGACAAUCUGGAGAAAAGUGGGUGGAAGUUCAGCAGGUGAACCGGCAGCAGAGGAGAAGUUAUGAUGCAAACUUCAAGAUCGUGAUUUCAAAUAGUCGUCUUAUAAUCGGGGUCGUCUUAUAUUCGGGACAAUACGGUAGUUCAUUCGGAAUAAUUAAUUCCGAAUUAAAAAACAUCACGUAACCGUGGCCAAUGUCCCUGAAUGCUUCCUGACAAAAACCUGCUUCAGCUUCUAAAAGUUUCCAUUUUUAAAGAAACGUUAUUCUGAUCUUUAUUAAAGGAGCUUGAGGCUGUUUUUUUUAUUUGCAAAAUGUAAUGCAAGUCGGUCCCGAUUUUCCCGCGCUGGGCUGCGGAUGUGACGUCACAUGACGCUGCAUGCACGUUCUCCCCGUUGUCCUGUGCCGGCUUCACUGUUGGCUGCAGUACCCCCAAAGGCCGUCGUGGCGAUAGAGAGUCUCAUUUCUUAAAAGCAGCCCCAAGCUCCUUUAAAGGUUCCAGGCAGAGAAUAGAAGGCUCAUGAACACAGAAAUGAAACAGAUCAGGAAAUAACAACCAGUUUCCUCCGAAUACUUUAAGUGUCUGAAUGUGAACGAUGAUGAAACUCUGUAAACUGGUGACCAGUAAAACUCUGAAUGUGAACGAUGAUGGAACUCUGUAAACUGGUGACCAGUAAAACUCUGAAUGUGAACGAUGAUGGAACUCUGUAAACUGGUGACCAGUAAAGCUCUGAAUGUGAACGAUGAUGGAACUCUGUAAACUGGUGACCAGUAAAACUCUCUGUGCCGGAAUAAAACGCUGCAUUCCAAUAAACUGUUUUUAAGCAUCAAA